GUUCAACGAAGAAGGCCAACAUGGCGUCCGUGAGAAGUGAUGAGUGGAGGGCUGUGUGCGACAAAUUCACCAACGCCCAAAACCUCACUCUUAUCGAAUCAAGAAAUGACCCCGAAAACGACCCGUUUCGCUCCAAAUACAAGGCCAGGGAGCUGCUCAGAGAAAUAUACUGCUCGCUUAAGAGUUUCGAAGCGGGCGAAGGUGAAGAGGAAGCCGGCGGAGAGAGCAGCGACCAACGGCCGACGGAGCCGCCGGGGGACGAGCAGAGGGAGGACGGGUUCGGUCAGGGCUUCAGCGGCGACUCGCCAGCCGGGCUGCGGGCCGCUAAACUCGCGGCUGUGGACUACUAUCUGGGCGUCAACCAUGUUGACACAGAGGAGCUGUCAGCCGGUCAGGAGCAUCUGACAAACUGCCUGAAACUGCUGGACAGAUGCAGAGUGUCGUCGGAGAAUGUGUCGCUGUUUAUCCAUGUCAGGAACCAGUUGGGUAUCCUGUGGGCAGGCCGGGAUGAGACGGAGGAGGCCCAGGGUUACCUUGAAACAGCAGAAUCCAUCUACCAACGUUACAUGAAGGAGGAUGGCAGUCCACCCACUGAUAUGACAGAGUACUUCACUACUGAGGAAAACUUGCUGACACAUCAGGAAAGGACCAAGAGGUUUGAGUUGGCCUACACCCAUACCAUGUACUACCUUGCUCAAGUUUAUAAAAACCUUGGUGAAAAUGAGCGUGCUGCCACCUAUUGCCACGGCACCCUGCAGAGACAGUUACAGUUAAAUCAGUUCAGUCCAAUGGAGUGGGCUCUGAACGCUGCGACAUUAUCACAGUAUUAUAUUACUAAGGGUCGUUACAUGGAAGGCAGACACUGUCUCGCAGCAGCUACUGUCAUAUCAGGUUUGGCAGGAGAGGUUCCUUCUGAGGCCGCAGCACAGGAGAGUGAGACAGAGAGUGAGCGCAGGGAGCAGCUGAGGCAGAAGAGAGCAGACAUUGCAAGAUGUUGGAUAAAAUACUGUCUCAACCUCCUGCAGGACGCUAAGAAGCUGCUAGAGGACAACAUCGGAGAGUUGGAUACUGAUCGUCAAGAAGAGUUGAUGAGAGCGAGGAGACGUGAGGAGGAGGAGGAAGAGAAGGGCAGGAAGAGUGCUCUGCUGUUUGGCUCUGAAGACACCUUCGACUCCAUUGCUAGCCUGGAAGAGAAGGUACGCUGUUUGUUCCCUCUGGACUUCACUGAAGCCAGAGCUGUAUUUCUGGUGGGACAGAAUUAUGUCACACAGGCUAAGGAGUACUUUCAGAUGGAUGGCUAUGUCACAGACCACAUAGAGAUCUUGCAGGAUCACAGUUCUUUGUUCCGGGCCCUGGCGUUCUUUGAAGGGGAUCUGGAGCGGCGCUGCAAAAUGCACAAACGCAGAGUUGACAUGUUGGAGCCAAUCUGCAAUGACUUGAACGCCCAGUACUACCUAAUGAUCCGUAGACAGAUGAUGUUUGAGCUGGCUGAGACCUACAAUGAAAUGAUGGACCUGAAACUGGCGCUGGCCAACAGACAAGCUGAUACACAGUCUCUAGAUAACCACACCAUCAAGAAAUUCAACCAUCUCUGCUCUGCCUCUGCCAAAUACUUCCAGAUGUUCCUGGACUCUCUGUGUUCUCCAGAGGGGAAGCAUCCGGAGCACCUGGAGGAGGAGGUGCUCAGACCGGCUCUGGUGGCCCGCUUCAGAGUGGCCCGACUCUACAGCCGGCUGAUCACCUCUUCACCCCCUGCCCAGCUGGACAACCUCAACAAGUCUCUGGAAAACUACAAAUAUGUGGUGCAGUACUGUGAGGCCCACCCUGAGGCAGCAGCCGCUGUGGAGACGGAGCUGGAGCUGAGUACGGAGAUGGUCGGCUUGCUCCCUCUCAAAAUCAACCGCAUCAAAGCAAAGAUGGCUGCAAACAACUGAAAGAUGCCACUGACACUUACUUACUGACUUGUUGACUGAUAGUGCUAGAUCCAUCCAAAUGAGCAGUCAGUCUAAAUUUACCACCUGUAUAGUCAAUGGACACUAACAGCAGUUCGAGAAACUGGAUGACAGAGUGACUGUCUUUCUUGCUUACUUUGAAUGGUUGAUGGCCUCUUCUUUUGUGCUGCUUUCACAAGACCUUUGAACACAUUACCCGCUGUACAUAUGUGCUCGCUGUGAAGUAAAAUACGUGGUCAAUUUACUUUUAAUUCAAAUAGCACAGCAAAUAUACUUUGUUCAAAACUAACGUGAAAGUAUCUUUCUCAUUGUGCUAAGAGGUAAGUGAGAGUGGUUGACAUGUUUUCAGCACGUUGAAUUGAAUGUGAAUUGACCUGUUUGUCACUGUACAUCGAUGCUUUCUUCCCAACCAGACUGGUUUUAAGAAAUCUAUCACUGCAAUGUCAGAUGCUCUUUUUGCAAGAAAAAAUUUAAAAAAAAAAAAAAAAAAAAAUAGCUGCUUGGAUUCAGACAGUCCCCUUAACACCCUAAUGGCGGAUAUGUACAUAACAUACCGGUGUUUUUAUUUUAUUUUGCUUUGCUCUGUGACCCUUGUCUGACUCAUACUUGUUUUCUGUUGUUAAUCAUAUUGGUUUUUUAUUUAAUGUGGCUUUAUUUUGUGUAAAGC